UACCACCUCCUCCUUUGUCUCGCCAGACAGGCUCAUGUACUUGCGAUGUAAACUUCAUGCCAGAUGGUGUAUUCGAACACGUCUGCUCGCACCUACCUCUUGUGUGCUAACAACUGAAUCUCUUCUCAAGAGUCUCACACGCUUCCGCCGCUGCCAUCAAUCAGCAUUGCGAAGAUGCAUAUUCGCGACUCCUCAUCACUGAUGACAUUCACGUUCACACUUCUUUCACUCUUGUUAUUGGUGAUGCACCUGGAGCUGCAGCAUGCAGCAGCCGAAGCUGGCAGACCCAAAGGUCAAAGCUCCAUUCGUGGACAGGGAGGAGCUGUAGACUCGCAAAGCAAAAAGCGCGGUCGCCCAAAAGGACAGUCGGCGAAAGUUAGAGGCAGCACCUCAGCGACCAUAUCACUGGGUCCACCUGCAAAAGAAGGCAUUGACUACUUUCCACGUGCUGCAGCCGGUGAGGCGCGCAAAUGCUACAGUGCAACGUUCUUGGUCCAGCAUGUCCACCCAUUUACGAUACCCUGCGCGAUGGACAAGGCACAACACCAACACUACACGACGAACGUAUGUGAAUCUUGGUGUCGCAAGGAACAUGAAACUUAUAACGCCUCGCAAACCACCUCCAUCAUUAAGCAGGUUGCAGUUGACAGAUGCAUCCAGAGCUUCAACGUUCAUAUUACGAAAGAAACUGUCUCUGACAUGACUACCGAUAUUACGCAAUCUUGUGCUUCUUUCAAGUGUCAGUGUACAUUAUCCAAUUACCUGGAGCGUAUCAAGAUGCCACGUUUGCGUUACAAAGGUAAAUCUGUUGAGCUAUCGCCUCUCAGACCAAAGUUUUACUGGGGAGGCGUUCCAGCACUGUUCGGUGACCCUUCAGAAGAAGGCAAAGCGGCGAGGUAUUGUCAUUACGAAGACUUUUUCGAGUCAGUUGGGUGGAUGUCGGAUAUCACGGAUCCUGCGACAGGCAAAACGGCAACAGUCAAGUGGGAGGUCCAGGUUGUUGUCAAUGACCAAAAUCUACCAUGCGACAUGAUCGAUUGGGAUUGGUAUUGCACUUGUAGGCGAGUGGCACAUUCAAACAAACACUACUUUGCGCCUGGACGAUGCAUAGAUGGUCACAAAUCGCCCAAAUUUGGUCCAUCGACAGAGCAAUGCCUGGUUCCUGCUGGGCACCGAAACACUAAUGCCAACCAUGUGGCUCACGCAGACGCAUCGACUUCAGGCCAGGCAGCAUUGGCAAGCAACAUCGCGGAGUCUUUCACCUCAGAUCAGCAAAUGACUUCACUUGAAUUGGAGGAAUGGUUAGGAAAUCUCUAUGACGUGGAGAAGGAUCUACAGAAUGGACUACCAGUGGAUUGGAGCAUCCUGAAAAUACAGUCCUGCAAUAUCCCUGAUCUCGACAAUCUCCCAGGAUCCAAUCAAUCAAGCGAGGAAGUAUGCGUUGCUCCGACCCAUGCGGUACAGAGAAAAGAGCGUCAAGAGGAAGGACAUGAUGACAAUCAAGGUGUUGACUCUGCCGGCCAAGGUAAAGCUGUCUUGCCUGCCCGGGCGUUCAUCUAGAAAAUGUCUCUCUUCUGCGGCUGCGGAUCAUUGAACUUAUGCUUAGUCUUGGCAUUCAGCAUCCUCGGAUAAGCCUGCUGUGGGAAGUGAUGCUCUUCUGUCAAGCCAUUUGCUAUCUUUAUCUUUCAAGACUCGCUUUCAUUGUUCAGCGUGACGAACGCAUUUGAUCUAGUUGAAGUGUCGCACUUGAU